ACGCACAUUCAUUCGCCUUCUCCUCGGCUGUGCAGUGGACAAAUCACCAAGCCCAACAGUAAUGUUAGUCGCUCUCGGCAGUACCUAGCACACAAUAGCGGUGUGGUGUUCGUUACCCGGUUCCCUUGCCAAAACGCGACACGCCAGCAAUGCCGCGCUAAGAUACACCAACAAGAUCUCGUUUCAGUGUGUCUCUUCUCAAGCAACACAGCAUCCUCCGGCCACUGUUGGCCGUUUGAAGAUUGUUUCGUUAGCAAAAAGUCUCGUUUUCUGCACCGAACCGCUCGAGAGGCGUGUAAAAGGUACAACGGCAGAGAAAGUGUCGUGAAGAAAGUGGCAUUCCAACGGGAAGGCCAGUGCGUUAUCCGGGUCUGAGAUCAAGUGCCUUCCAAGUGUGUGUUUGAGUGUGUGAGUGAGUGUGUAUGUUCAUGUGAAGAAGUGAAAGAUAAGAUUGGCAGUUUUACAUCCCAAUCCCAAAAAAAAUUUGUCUACUGAUUCCUGUGCUGUACGGCACCGUGCAAAAAGGGCGUGCAAAGUGCACUUGUCCCCUGCUGGUGUGUGGUAGUGGCUAUAAGUAAGUGAGUGUGUGUGUGUGUUUGUAGCGAAGGUAGCCGGAGGCGGCGGUAAAAGCGGCACAACGCGACAACAUGAUACACGUAGGUGACAAUACCUGGAACCUGAAGGUCUACAUUACCGACCUUCAGGUGCAGAAAACGCUGCGUGUCCGGGGCGAUCUGCACAUCGGCGGUGUAAUGCUGCGUCUGGUCGAUCCAGAAAACCCGAAAGAUUGGUCAGACCACGCACUGUGGUGGCCGACCCGGAACCAAUGGCUGACGCGCACCAAGUCAACGCUCGACCAGGUGGGCCUACACGCGGACGCCCUGCUGCACUUCACACCGAUGCACAAAACGUUGCGAGUUCAGAUGCCGGACCUCCGAUACCUAGACUGCCGGGUUGACUUCUCCAUCAAAACGUUCGGUGCGGUGGUCGCACUCUGCAAGGACCUUGGCAUCAGACACCCGGAGGAGCUGUCCCUCUGCAAGCCGCUCGAGCCGAUGCAUUUGAAGAAGAACUACGCCGACCUGGCGAAGAAGAAGAUCCCGAUCGAACAGAAUGGCAACGGGCGGGACUACAUCCAUCUGGCGCCGGACACCAACACGUUCAUCCCGGUCGCUGCACACAACCUGAAUGGUAGCAACGGCAGCCUGGACGGCCCGGUCCACCAGGGACCGUUCUCGUGCGCACCGGUACCGAACGCGCACUUCUCCACGCCGAAACCGGCCCUCCAAAGCACACCGAUCAGCUCACCGACGGGCGUAAGUUGUAGCUUCUUUCGUGCGACUUCGCUAGCUGCAACCGAUUGUAAUGGUCUCUUCCCGUUCCUCUUUCAGACACUACGACACGGCCAUGGGUCGGGCAAUAGCGAUUCUUCGUCCAGCACGGGCGAUGGGAAUGAAAACCUGGCCUACAGUCCGUACGCACCGAGCCCGGAGGCACGAUCGCGCCUGCUGAAGCCGAAAACGCUGGUCGAGCGGGCGCGCAUGAACAUUAGCUGGCUCGAUUCGUCCCUCUCCAUCAUGGAGCAGGGCAUACGGGAGUUUGAGACGCUCUGCCUGCGCUUCAAGUACUACACGUUCUUCGACCUAAACCCGAAGUACGACCAGGUGCGCAUCAACCAGCUGUACGAGCAGGCCAAGUGGCAGCUGCUGAACGAGGAGAUCGACUGCACCGAGGAGGAGAUGCUGAUGUUCGGCGCGCUGCAGCUGCAGGUGAACAAGCAGAACGAGGUGCCGCAGGCCGACUCGGGCAUCGACACCUCCAGCCUGGACAAUGCGGCAGACGACGACGUGGAUGCGGCACUGCGCGAGCUGCAGAUUACGCUCGAGGGACCGAGCAAUGGAGUGAACGCUGGCGACAUUACCCACAUCCCGGAGCUGACCGAUUAUUUGCGAUUCUUGAAGCCGAAAAAGUUCACCCUGAAGGGCUACAAGCGCUACUGGUUCACGUACAAGGAUCUGCAUCUGCAUCUGUACAAGUCGCGCGAGGACGCGCGCGCCAACAGUGCGCCCCAGGUGACGAUCAAUCUGCGCGGGUGCGAGGUGACGCCCGAGGUCAAUCUGGCGCAGAAGAAGUUCAACAUCAAGCUGGAGGUGCCGCUCGAGCAGAGCAUCAACAGCGAGAUGUGGAUCCGGUGCGACAACGAGGAGCAGUACGCAAAGUGGAUGGCCGCCUGUCGGCUCGCGUCCAAGGGCCGGUCGCUCGCGGACAGCUCGUACGACAGUGAGGUGGCCAGCAUCCGGUCCUUCCUCAGCAUGCAAAAGCCGGCCCAGGCACCGGCCAUCAAUAUCAAUCCGGGGGAGAUUGAUCCGAGCGAGUAUCUGGCACCGCGGUACGCGAAAAAGCUUAAAAGCAAAGCCAUGAUCCGCAUGCUGGAGGCGCACGCGAACGUGAAGGAUCUGUCGCUGAUCGAGGCGAAGCUGAGCUACAUCCGGGCGUGGCAGAGCCUGCCCGAGUUCGGCGUCACGCUGUUCGUGAUCAAGUUCGACGGGCACAAGAAGGAGGAGCUGCUCGGUGUCGCUAGCAACCGGAUCAUGAAGAUGGACAUUGCCACCGGCGACCAUUUGAAGACGUGGCGAUACAACACAAUGAAGGCCUGGAACGUCAACUGGGAGAUUCGGUGCAUGAUGGUACAGUUCCAGAACGAAACGGUCGUAUUCUCCUGCCUGUCGGCGGACUGCAAAGUGAUACACGAGUUCAUCGGUGGCUACAUCUUCAUGUCAAUGCGCUCGAAGGAAACGAACCAGACGCUCAACGAGGAGCUAUUCCACAAGCUAACGGGUGGCUGGAAUUAGGGAGGUGAAAAGGGGAGACGUCAAUAACAUGUCGUUCUCAAAACAAACACACACACAACCACAGUAUGGCAUGGCGAUGCCUUGGCAUAAUUUUACUUGUUUUACGUGUAAACUUUAAUCUUCGUUUUGACUCUUUUGUUGUACUGUACAUAACAUUAGUUGAUUAGAGAGUAUAGCGUUUACUGUAUAAUCGUGUCCCUCUCCCUAUCCAUAGGGAGGGGAAGAUCCCAAUUAACCCUUUCCGUUUGUAUUCUUUUGAGCCGUUGCUUCGGGACGAUGUUGUGGCAGUUGGACCAAAGAUCGGCCGGGUCCCAUUGCUGUAUCACAGUUUUCUUUGGCAAAACAUAAAGCUUUUGUUGUCUAACAAAUUUCUGCAGCAACAAGCAGAAGCAAAACCAAUUCGAUUUAGGGUAUGUGCGACACGCGAGCUCGGGCUUGGUGUCUUAGCUCCAGCGUGCGAUUGGAACUAUUUGUGUACGAGUUUUAGCUAGCAAUUGUUAAAAGAAAUAUUGGAAGCAAGCCCGAAGGAAAGCAAAAAGCGAAAAUACAAUCAAAUUGCCUUACUUAUUGAUAAUUAGAAGCGAAAGUAAAAGUAUUGAGGCGGCACGGUGAUUGCGUCGGAUUUGCCGCAACCAUCCGUAUCAAGCGGGAUUGAACGCGUAACGACAUUUGUGUCCGCGAUAGCCUUCCAAGCGGGUUGUAGUGGAUCCUGUACUGUCUUCCUGUACCUUUUUGCAGGAUAAUCAAGUGACAAAAACUAGAGAGAGAGAAAAAAACGGUGCCUCUUUGCAAAAGGAUAAUGGCUGACGUAGGCUGUAGCAUGCACCUAUGCCAACGAUGGCAGUGAAUGUGUAUGUGUUUGUUCGUACGUUGUUUAGUAUGUUUGUAAUUGAGUUGGUCCCGUUUUCCUGCCUAAUUUUAACACGCUACUGGUUAACAAAAACUUAACUUGAAACAGCAACAACUUAGUAGACGAACCGGCGAGCGACGCAACUGUCGAAUGUAGACGCACCAAGCCCUUAUCCGAAGCUACUUAACAUGCUCGCACGGGGUGGCACUUAGCGAACAACUUACGCCUGAUUGGUGGAUAUCCACUUACAACUAGCACAAACUAAUUCGCUACCUCCCUUGCAAUUACCGCUGCUGUUCGGGUUCGGGACACAGAGCGAGAACGCACGCCAGUUCGCAGCGAAAGGGGGGACGUACUGUUUUUUGUCAUGUGUAAUUCGUUCUUCGUUUCGUAGGCAAACAUGUUAGGACUAAUUUUACUGUUGUACUGAAGCAAUAAAUUCGAUUAACAAUUAAUACCUGA